UCACUACAGAGGUAGGAAGAGAGAGUGUGCCAGUAACACUGAGGAGCAAAGGAACAGGUGGAACAAAUGUUGACGAAGUGACGAUUAAACCAGCAAUGGGGCUCAAAAACUGCAGAUUUUGGAAAAUGUAGUGUUUCAGAUGUAGAAGCGGUAACAGAUGUGGAGUUAUGUGAACUUACAAGUGGGAUAGCCUCAGUUUCCACUGAAGCAGGAUGUCUCAAGGGGCUUUCGACAUUGACCCUAGUGUUGUUUACAAAAGCUUGGGUUGGCAUGUUUGAUGGCACCAAGUCAUUUCCUUCUUUAUCUAACAAAAUGCAGCCUUGAGAGUCAUAUAAGAUAGCAUCUGAAGGUUUUUGUGUUUCAACUAGUGGAGCUGAUUCAGAGUGAACAUGAUGUAGGUUAGGACUAGUAACAUGAAGACAUUCACACUGGCGAAUCUAGCUUGUUAAUCAUGAAGGCACGUGCAUCCACUAAAAUCUGGAUAUUUAAUAUUUUCUAGCAAAGUUAUAACUAUAACAUGACUAAAAAUUUAUUGUGCACCCAUUGUUUUAUAAUCAAAUCCUCAGAUUUUUCCUUUGUUACCAUUUGUGCACUCAUGAAAAAAUCCUCUAGAUUCACCCCUGUUGGAGAGGAUAGUGAGCUUCUGAAGACUCAUUAGUUUUGAGGUCCUUGGAUACUGGAACCGGAGGAAGUCCAAAACAUCUUGUAGCUUUGUGUCCUAACUGUCCACACUUUGGAAUCACAGUAAUGCUAAGAAGGGAAGACGAGGAUGAGGUAAUACUAAUACUGCCCAUGGUCAUCAUUCUCACUGGAAAUGACCAUAAUACAGUUUUUUGAAACACAAACGACCGUAAUACUUUAUAUUCGAAAUAUUUCAAAUUUCCGAAUUAUCUAAAUUGUUAUCUGAAAAUUUUUAAUCUGAAAAUUUUAAAUUUUCUAAUGUUUAACCCGAAUUAACUGAUAUAUCACAACCAAAGCAGAUCUGAGAUCCGAAUCGAAUAAUAAUCGGUUCUCAGUUUUUGUUACCGAACCAAAAUUCAAAAUAACCAAACCGGAAGAGGCAGACAUGAAUCAAACCAAGAAUCAGAUGGUCAGAGCUACUCGAGUUAUUUGGGUGAUGAUUUUGAUUCUUGGUUUUAUUAAACCCUAAACAGAAAUCGAAAACGGUGCAGCAAUCAGCAAACAUGGCGCCCAGAAAGAAAAGAAGGGUUGUGAAAUCUCAGCAGCCUGCGAAAAUGGAAGAGCCUGCAAUGGAGAAGAAGAUGCUGCUAGUUUGUUCCGGUUAUCAGUUUCCGUCUUCGUCAGCAAACAUGUCAGAACCUCCAUCAGAAAAGAAGGCAUCAUUAUCAUCAUCUUCAUCGAUGGUGCCUGACUGGACUCAGCUCCCUGAAGAGCUACUUCACAUUAUCAAGGACAAACUAGAGCAUUGUUUCAACGUUAUUCAUGCUCGCUCUGUUUGCACCUCAUGGCGAUCCACAUUUCCAUUUCCUCAUUCCCUGCUAUGCCCAAGUUACUCUUUACCCGCGUUUGGCGAUUUCCCUUAUGUCAGUAAAGGCUUGUGCACUCUCGAGAAGGUCCCAUAAAG